UGCGACAGCUCAGGUUUCGGCAGCGAAGAAAGCGGAUCAGUCAUCUUCUGAGUCGAGCAGCGAUAGCGAUGAGGAAAUGCCUCAGGCAAAACAACAAAAACAGCAGCAAUUACCUGUAAAACCGAAACAAAUUCCUGCGGCUAAGAAGAAAGCAGCACAAAAGGAAUCUUCAUCAAGUAGUAGCUCAGAUUCAAGUAGUGAUGAACAAAUUAAGAAAAAUGCGGUGAAAGAUGCACAAACCGUAGCCAAACCAAAAGUCGAGCAAAAAAAGAAGCCGACUGAUAGUAGCAGUGAAUCAAGCGAUGAUAGUGAUGAGCCUGUUCCAAAGAAAGUAGAAACGGAAAAGAAGAAGGCUGUUGUGGCCAAGAAAGCAGCUCCGCCGUCAGACGAUUCCUCGGAGAGCAGUUCGGAUGAUUCCGGAGUUGUAGCACCGAAGCAAAAAGAUUCAGCCAUCGCCACCAAAGCCGUCAAGACGGCGGCAGCUGAGUCCAAGAAGUCCUCGUCAUCCACAUCAGAAAGUUCGUCAGACAGCGACGAGAAUAAGAAUAAGAAAAAGAAUGAGGCCAAGAGCAAACUUGACACGUUAUUGAACGCGAUGAAGAAAGAGACGAGCGCAAAAGUACAAAAGAAACAAGCAGCGUCUGAUGACAGCAGCAGCAGUAGUGAUAGCAGCAGUUCGGAAAACGCAGCUGAGAAAACUAAGUCAAAGAGUACAACGGCAACACCGAAGCCGUCGAGUGCUCUCAAGAAAGCAGUCGUAACAAGCGCCACUAAGAGUGCCGCUCAAAAGAGUUCGUCAUCGUCCGAAGAAACGACAACUUCAGAUGAUGAUGAUACCAACAAAAAGGGAGAUGCUAAAGUAAAAACCAAGAAAGCAGCAGCAAUUUCGGCCCCCACAAAAGCGUCAUCCAACAAGGAAACGCCUAAGAAAGAGGCACCGAGCAAAGUUGAUGCGUUAAUAAGCGCGAUGAAGAAGGAAACGACAGCAAAAAUACAGAAGAAACAAGCCUCAUCGUCAUCCUCUUCGAGCUCAUCCUCCGACUCAGAUAGUGAUGUACCGAAGAAAACAACCACCAAAAAAGGAGGUGGCAAUGAGCCACAAAAGCCAACCGGAAAACCAGAAGCGAAAAAGCAACCAAUAGUGCAGAAAUCAAGUGGUAAAGAUGAUGGUAGCAGCAGCACUAGUUCGGAUUCCUCCUCAAGCGAUAACGACGACAAACAAGCCACCACUCAAAAGAAACUUAUUGAUAAGCCAGCGAUAACUACUCCAAAAAGUGUUCCACCAGUGAAAAAAGUUGUCAACAAGAAACAAAACGAUUCCUCAUCUUCAUCGGAUUCCUCAUCAGAUUCUGAUGAUGAUCAAAGUAAAACUAAAACGAAAUCUCCAUCCACUGCUGCACAACAACAGAGCAAAGUCAUCAGCAAAGCAAAAUUGAAUACGAAACAACAGCAGGCAAAAGAGUCGUCGUCAUCGGAUAGUUCUUCGGAUAGUGGUGAUGAGAAGGCGAAAAAAGCAAAAGUGGCUAUCUCAUCAUCCUCAUCAAAGCCAGCAGCUAAAAGCUCAGCAGCGACUACAAAGAACGUGAAUGCUACGAAAAAGCAACAGAAGCACAGCGAAAGUAGCAACAGUGAUUCGUCAUCGAAUGAAGAAAAGAAGGCGACUCCAAAGAAACAUCAGCCAGCAGUGGUCUUGAAAGAGUCAUCUUCUGAAUCGUCGUCAUCGAGCGACGAAGCACCAUCGAAUAAGGGUCAGAAGCAGACAUCGAAGCCCCAGCAAAUGCUCAAACAAACGCUAGAAUCUUCGAAGCAAACAAGUGUGAAAAAGGGAGCGGAGGCUAAAUUGAAUGUGACUGGUGCAAAUAAAUCCUCGGAGAGUAGUAGUACUUCUUCGAGUGAUUCAGAUGAGGAUGACAAGAGCAAGAAGAAGACAGUGGUGGUGAAUAAAGCAGCACAAGGCAAAAAUGCAACUAGCGGUAAAAUAAGUGAUGAUAAAAAGAGAAAGACAACUGCGGUCGCAGCUUCUAGUGGUAGUUCAGAUGACAGUUCGUCAUCGGAUGAUGCUGCUGCUAAAACGCCCAAUAAAUCUGCAAAAUCAAAUCAAGCAGCUCAGGUCAACGCCAAAAAACAGGUUCUAAGCACUGAAAAUAAGCGCAAGAAAGAGUCAUCCGACGAAGACAGUUCGGAUGAUAGCGAAGGUGAGGAUGCAAGCAAACAG